GAGGAAUCGGGGCAGAUUUGGGAAGGCGCAGCAACGGCUCGUAAAACCCUACGUGGAAAAAAAAAAACCACCCCAGCUAAACCGCGGAAACAAAGCGGAGGCGCCCGCGCAGCCGUCACCUCGAAAUACAGCGGAAAGAGGGGAAGACGAGGAGUCGAGCCCCGGUGCAGGCGGAGGAAUUGGGUGUUCGGAAGAUGUUGCAACCCAUUGACUGGAGCGUUUGAAAGGGAGAUCGACUGCUUUGGCUUUUAUUCCCACCACCCCCCUCGCCCCCCACCUCUGCGAGGGGUAGGGAUGUGUGUGAUCAGGGAGUGGAAACAAAUAUGUCCUUAUUUUCAAUGCCCCCUUUGAAAGAGACAAAGUAAAUGCUCCUUGCAAAAUGUUCCUGACCUGCGAAGGGACCUUCGGAAUUGUUCCAGCCACCAUGGAUUACAAUGGGGAAGCCAGGCCGGGGGAUUUUCAUGCCGGCUAUCAAGAAAUCGAAGGGAUAAACUUGGGAUACUUACAGAUCAAUGGCACCCAGAUGUUUGCUUUGGCCCAGGUCCUCAGCGACCUGUUUAAGGAUAUCCCCAGGACCACCAUCAGCAAGAAGAUGGAAACCUUAAAGAUCAAGAGCCGCCGCUGCGAUCUCAAGGAGCUCCGGACCCUCAAAGCCAUCAACUCCGUGCCCACCCGCGCCGUGAAAUGCUCGCUCAUCUCCAAGGCGGACCUGGAGGCUCUCUGCACCUCCUGCAAGAGCCUCGGCCCGCGGAGGAGGAAGAGGAAAAGGAAGAGCAAGAGGAGGGAGCAGCUGCUGCUGCCGGCCCCGGGGGGGCUCUUCCCCUGCCCCCGGCCCCCGCUGCUGCCGCCCUGCAGAGCCGGGGGCUGCUGCGCCCUUUCGGCCCCGGCCCCGCUGCUGCCGCAGCCCUUCCACCGGACCCUCCCCGCCGGCGAGGAGCCCCCCCGGGGCCGGCGGAGCUGCGGGCUGGCGGGCCGGGCCGGGGGGCUCUUUGCCGGGGUCCUGCCCAGCUGCCCCCGAGCCCUGGCUCGGCUUCCCCCUACCUCUGCGCCCCCUCCUGCGCCCCCCGCCCCGCGCAAACGGGGGCCCUGCUGCGCAGAGCGGCUCUUCCCGGCUGGUGGGGGUCCCGCAGCCCCCGGGAAAGGCCGUUCCGCCGCUUUCCCCGGUUCCAAGCGGCAGGGAACCUCCGCCGGUUACUCCAGCGACUCAGAUUCCAGCCUGGACUUCGGCGGGUCCAGCCCCGCCACCUCCAGCGACUCGUCGGAAGAGGAGGAGGAGGAAGAAGAGGAGGAGGAAGGGGACAGCUCGUGCAGCAGCGAGGAAGGCAGCUCCUCGGAGUCGGAGAGCAGCUCGCUGUGCAGCGGGGACUCGGUGCAGAGCACCCGGUACAGGCAGGCGGCUCUGCCGCGCUUCCCACCGCAGCCCCCCCGGGAGCCCCUGGGUGAGGAGCGCCCCGUGGAGCCCCCUCUCCCCGGAGCGGGCAAAGCUCUGCGGCCUGACCCCAGCCUCCUCUUCCUCUCGCAGCAGCUCUGGGCCAGGACUUUGCGAGCAUCAACUUUGGAAAGUUUAAGCCCGGCUCCAGCCCUGGGCUCGGGGGCCCAGCCGGAGCUGUACGCAAAGCGGGAGGCCUCCCCUUCCUCCUCCUCCUUCUCUUCCAUCUCCUCCUCCUCCUCCCCCCCUCCCUCCCCGAGCAGCACCCCUGGGGGGGAUCCGCAACAAAAGGAGGGAGGCUUUGGGGAUGCGGAGCCCUGCGCCAAAGGGGAGGAUUUGCACAAAGAUGCCUCGAACAAUGGAGCCUCGUUAGGCCCCGGUGAGCAGGCGGAGCGGCCAAGCGGAGCUUUACCCGGGCAAGAGCCUGCCCCGGAGCCGGCCCCGGCCUCCGUACCGGAGCUGGCGGGGGGGCCCGGCCCGGUGCCCCCUGGGGAUGGGGGGGAGCCCCGUCGGGAGCACUUCGACCGGCUGAUCCGGCAGUCCAAGCUGUGGUGUUACGCCAAAGGCUUCAACCUGGACGGGAAAAGUUUGCGGCAGGGCGGGAGGCCGGAGCCCGGCAGAGCUGCAGAGCUCCCCCCCACCGGCUGCAAACGGCCCGGGAGCCCCAGCGCCCCGGGGAACCGGGCUGCGAGGGGCAGCGGAGCGGAGGGGAGCGGCAAACGCAGCCGCCCUGCCCGCGGCACCGGCGGGGAAAGGCAACGGGGCUCCGCCAAGGGGGGGGCACGGAAGGCUCCGCGGAGGAACUCCAGGAAGGGAAACGCUCCUUGCAAACGCCUCGGCAACGCCGGGCCGGCCCCGCCUCGGAAUUCCUUCAGCCUCAUGGGCAACUUCCCUUGUAUUCCCUCCUUGGUCGUGGGGGAAGAUGGGGACUUGUGUCCUGCCUCUUCCCUGGGGGGCAAAAACUCUUGGGCUCUCUCCAAAACUCACCCGCUGUGGAGCUGGCACUUGGGGGGCAGCGCCAUUCCCGUGCCCCCCAGCCUCAAGUUCCGGGGCUGUAGCUUGGAGGAUCUCUAAGGACAGCGCCCGGCCCGGAGGAAAGGUUAACGGGCAAGAGAUGAAAGCGGUGUGGGGGGGGG